AUGGCUGUCAUAAAGAAAAAGAUUGUAGUUUUUCACAUUAUAGCAAUUAUUAAUUUAUGUGAAAACACUCAAGCAUUUUUCGGUGAUAUAGUGAAUACCAAUAGUGGACUCGUCAAGGGAAAAUUAAAUAAAUUUGAAGGGUUUUAUUACUAUUCGUUUGAAGGAAUACCGUAUGCAGAAAAUACUGCCGGCGAGAAUAGAUUUAAGCCGCCUAUCCCCAAGAAAUCGUGGUCUCACAUACUUGAUGCAACGCGAAACGGACCUGUAUGUCCACAAAUGGAAAUGAAGUAUAAAAGAAAUCAGAUGAACGAAGAUUGCCUGAGUCUAAAUAUAUAUGUACCAGCAAAUAUAACAAAGCCACUACCAAUAUUUGUAUUUAUUCAUGGCGGUAGCCACUUCAUGUCUUCUGGAAAUACUGAUUUGAUGUAUGGUCCUCAGUACUUACUGCAGAAAGAUAUUAUUUUUGUGACAAUGAAUUAUAGAUUGCAUGCCUUCGGAUUUUUAUCGCUGAAUACGGAGGAUGCUUGUGGUAAUUCUGCACUUAAAGAUGUAAUCCUUUCUUUACAAUGGAUAAAACAAAACUUAAAAUAUUUUGGAGGUGAUACAAGUAGAAUAACAGUCGGUGGCCAAAGUUCAGGAGCUACAUUGACAAAUCUGUUAACGUUGUCAACUAAUACUAAUGGACUUUUUCAACAAGCAGUUUUGCUAUCUGGUUUCGCUUUUAGUCCUAGAGGUAUUAUUAGACAUCCCGAAGAUAAAGCUUUCGUACUGGGUAAAAUAUUAGGUAUUAAAGGCUAUGAUACUACUACCUUAUUAAAUCGUUUAAGGAAGAUGAACGCAUUUGAAAUUACUGAUGCAUUCGAACAAAUGUAUAAAACCAAUGAUAACAUCUUAGCUCCGUAUUCAGCGUUUAUUCCUAGUAUUGACAAAAUGUGUGCCCAACCAAGUGUAGAAGAUGUACCAGCUAAAAUACUAGAAAACAGAAUUCCACAAGUUCCAAUAUUAAUUGGCCACAAUUCCAACGAAGGCGCUUUCAUGAUGAAAACAAUUUUUAAUCAUCUUAAGGAAUUAGAAAAGUUAAAAAGAGAUUUAGAAAGGCUUAUACCAACAGAUAUACAGUACCCACCAGGUUCCAAGAAGGCAAAAGAAUUAGCAAAAGCAAUUACUUAUUUUUACUUUGGUAAAACUAAUAUUGCGGGUGACGAGUUUUGUUUGAUGUGUUUAAUUGACUAUAUAACUGAUAUUUCAUAUGGUGUGUAUAGCAAUGAUGCUUGGAUAAGGAAAUAUAAAAAACAAAGUAAUAGUAAGAAUCUUUAUUUACAUGAAUUUGAUUUUGAUGGUAUGCUUAAUUGGGCCAAAAUCACAUACGGACUGAACACAACUGGAGCCAUUCAUGCUGAUGAGUUAGGAUACAUUUUUCGUACCAAAUCGACGAAACCAUUCCUUAAUAAUAUCGACAGUAGAAGCAAGAAAAUGCUGGUCACAAUGACUGAUUUCCUAACUGACUUUGUUAAAUAUGGAAACCCAACGCCUCCACAUAGAAAUAAUGACAUAAUAUGGCCCGAAUUUGGUAAAGAAGGAAACUUUUUAACAAUAAACGAUAAUUUAAGAGUGAUGCGACGUGGGACGACAGUUAGAAUGGCAAAAUUCAACUUUUGGAACAAAGUGUAUGAAGACUAUUUCAGUUACGUUAACCGCGGUGGAAAAAUUACACAAAAAACUAUGCAAUAA